CUGCUUUACUGGGAAAGGAACUGGGCUGCCUUGGCAGCGCUGGGUGCUCAGUACUGGCAGAUGAAAGGACGCAGCUGGAAGCAGAAGCGGCUUCUCCAGAGCCCAUCUGGGGACAAGGACAGUGUCAGGGCCAUGGGUGGUUCCCAGGGCCCCUCAGUACCCUGCAACCACUUCCAGUGCCCCCUCUACCCCCCCUUGCCUCCCCCAGUGCCCUGUAACCCCUCCCAGUGCCCUCAGUGCUCCCCUGAGCUCAUCCAGUGCCUUGUGCUCCCAUUCCCACAGUGCGCUCCCAAUGUCCCUCCAGUGCCCCAGCAGCCUGUGCUCCCAUCCCCACAGUGCCCUUCCAGUGUCCCUCCAAAGCCCCAGCAGCCUGUGCUCCCCUCCCCACAGUGCCCUCCCAAUGUCCCUCCAGUGCCCCAGCAGCCUGUGCUCCCCUCCCCAGCACCCCCAAGCCUGGACACGGUGGCUGGGGUGUUGGUGGUGUCCCCAGUGUCCCUGUGCCAUGCGGCCCUGCCUGCUGAUUGCUCUGGCCCUGCUGGGCACAGUUCCCGCCAGCCGCUCCGCUCUUGCCAGCCCUGCGGUGGAGGAUGAGGAGGACGUGACGGAGCUGGAGAUGCCCGAGGAGUUCAGCGGGUGCCGGGGGGGCAGUGACAAGCAGACACCCGGUGUCCCCAGCAUGCCGGGCACCUCCACCUGCCGCUAUGUCAUCAUCUCCCACUGCCAGAACUUCUGCCAUGCCCAGCGCAUCUGUGCCCAGCGCUUCCGCGGGCGCCUGGCCUCAAUCCACGAUUCCCACACCAACACCUUCCUGCUGCUCCUGGCGCGCCGGCACACCAAUGCCGGCCUGGUCUGGAUCGGUGCCGUCAGCCAGCCCGCCGUGCCAUACCCGAACUGCCACUGGACUGACCGGAGCCCCUGGAACUACAGCCGGUGGGUGCGGGGGCACCCCCUGCCCGGCCACCGCUUCUGCACCGCCCUCUGCACCAACAAUGGGCUCUGGAGGAGCGUGCGCUGCGAGAGGCAGCUGCCCUUCAUCUGCGAGAUAUGAGGGGCUCAGCCCCCCCGAGUCCUCCCCUACUGCUGUUCCCCCCUCCCUCAGAGUACAAUAAAGUCUUGCUGUCAGCACACA